CUUCCGGUUUUGGCGGAUGUUGUGCUUGGGAGACACGCCGCCACGGGGGGAAAAAAAUCAUUUGCCACUAUGAAAAAAAAAAACAUUGUUCCUGUUUAAUAUCGGACGUUUUGACGAUUGUUAUGGCUCGUGACUCGAGAAAAAGCUGAGAUGGAAAAAAGAGUUAACCCUAUCCCUUUACCUACCAGAGUGUUAAAAAAUAUGGAUGGUAAAUUCCCAUCAUGGACUGCCAGUGGUGAGCAUAGCCCUGGAGUACCAGAUAAUACACAGUGGGGAUGCCAAUCAUUGGGUAAUACUAAUGAUGUUUCCUCUCAUUGUGGAAAAGUCAGAAAUGAGGGGAAUUAUGGGGAAAGAUGGGAUGGAGACUUCCAUAAUUAUUGUCCACAAUCACUACAUCGCAAGGAGCCAGUUGCAAGGAUGCAAAGAAUUCUGCCUGAAGCUGCAUCAUCAUCAUCAUCAUCAACAUACACACACAAGGCCUCAGAGGCCUUUUCUCCAGAUUGCCAGGAAAUUCCAGCCAGAACAACACCCGAUCCAAUAAAGUAUUCCAGUCCUCCAAUCUACCAGCAUUCUAGUAUAGAAAAUGUGAGUGAAGCUCCAGAGGAUUAUUUGGAAAGAAUAGAAUCAGUGACGAGCAACAUGUACAAUUCUGUGAAUGAUCAGUUUGCUGCUGCACAACAACAGGACCUGAAAAGAGACACCCCUUCCAGCUGGACAUCUGUGAUCAAAGAGGCUUUAGAGAUGAGUAACGGGAUGGAGUUGGAGCAGGAUCGAUUAUCAGACAUGUGUGGAACCCCACUGAUUUAUGAUCCUCCAACUGAGUCAAGAGCUGUGGAAUUUGUAAAGAGCCAUUGUGAUCCUGUAGAUAAUGAGUCAAAUGUCCAAGAAAGAAGAGAAGUGACUAAAGCACAAGAGCCAACUGUUAUUAUUUUAUCAGAUGACACUAAGAGGUCUCCCUUUAAACCAAAUCAAGAUUUCCAACAGAGGACAGUUAUCCAAUACUCCGAUCCCCUAAUUGAUGGCUCAUCGGUGAAUGACCACAUACUCGGUGAGACCAGUUGCAGGAUACUUAAGCGGUGCUCAUCAGUGGGAUUUUAUGAUGCCACUGAGGUUUGCUCUCUAGCACAGAGUAAAACUACAAAGGAGACAGAGGUUUCAUAUUUUACCAAAAGACCCUGUUUGUCAGAUGAGUUAGAUCCAGUCAGAUCUAACAUGCACGAGCAGUUUACAAAUUUAAAUGAACACACUCACUGUGCAUCAAACAGUACUGGAAAUGAAAAGUACUCCUGUUAA